UAUGUAUAUUAAAUUCUGGAAUCCGAUUCACCCACGACACACGAUUUUUUGAAUCUACAAAAUGGGGGCAGGGCAGAUCGGUGGAAUUUCGACACUAUUGGAAAUGGAUUUUAAUAAUGCCGCGGGUUUUCUCGGCCAGAAAGCCGACAAUAAUGAGGCACAAUUUAUCGUUUAUUACUUGUCGCACGCUAUGAUUUUUUGCACUGGUGUCAUAUUAGAACCCCAUGUUGUUCUCACGCCGGCGAGUUGUGUCUUCGGUGAAAAAUAUAGGUUCGAUGUAUUUGCUGGUAGCCACAUGUUUUUAGAAAGAACUGGGAUUAGUAGGACGGUGAAUAACCUUUGCAUACAUCAAGGAUACAACCAUUCGAUGCGAUGGAAAGACUGUCAGCCGGAUAACCUGGCAUUACUGAUAUUAAGCGAACAGUUUUCGUUUCAUCAGCCAGAGGAAGGUGCUGAUUAUGUCGUCAAUAAGGUCCGGUACGGAUCGGCGGCGCCUCGCGUUGAAACUAGGCACAGGGAUCGCUCUUGCCGAAUUUACGGAUGGGGAAGCAGGAGAGGCGGUUUCUUAGUCCCGGUGUUAAUUCAUCUCUAUCGAUUGGAGAUUACUCUGUUGCCGUCAAAAUAUUGCAUUAGCUUGUGGAAUUAUGACAACAGAUAUCUUUGCAUUCGUCAGCCACGUUGUAAGAAUGAUAAGUACGGAGCGUUGUGUCCGGACGAUAUUGGUUCGGUUGUCGUGUGCUCUGGCUUCGUCCUCGGCAUGAUGACGUCGCGUCUCGUCGACCGACCGUGCGGAGUCGGCUUCCUCGAUCUGACGAAGUACGCCAAGUUCCUGAACUGUGGCGUCGACGACUCGCGUGACGUUAUCGACCACGAGGCCAUCAUGGAGUUCGACUACACCACGGAACCUCUCAUGACACUUUAUACAGUUUCACCCGAUAAGGGCAAAAAGAAGAACAGUCAAAAUGAAACUGAAGAGACAACGGAAGUACCAGAAUAAAUAUUUUUAUUAAAACAAAAAAAAAU